AUGCGCGUAGCAGUGGCUUUUGGGCUACUUGCUGCCCUUCCAAGUGUUAUGGCUUCCAGUCAUAACCCAUAUCACCAUCAUGAAACGCAUAGGCGCUCUCCAAACGGGGAUUACGAUUAUGUUGUUGUAGGCUCAGGGCCUGGAGGUGGUCCUUUGGCUGCCAGAUUGGCUAUCGUAGGAUACAGUGUCUUGCUUCUAGAUGCGGGUGAUGAUCAAGGCAAUGCCACCACGCAACAGGUCCCUGCUCUACAGCUCCAGUCAACUGAAUAUGAGCCUAUGAAGUGGGACUAUUUUGUAAACCACUACUCAAACUUGACACGACAAGAGGAAGACUCCAAAAUGACCUACCGGACUCCCUACGGUGACCUCCACGUUGGAAAGAAUGCACCUGCAGGCUCUGAGCCCCUGGGUAUUCUAUAUCCUCGGGCAGGUACCUUGGGUGGAUGCUCUGCGCACAACGCCAUGAUCACCAUUUACCCGUAUGAAAAUGACUGGGAGCAUUUGGCCAGUCUCACCGGCAAUACAUCUUGGUCUGCCGCAAACAUGCGUCAAUACUUCAAACGACUGGAGCGCAACCGAUAUCUGCCAAGCAGCCUUGUCGGUCACGGUUUUGACGGAUGGCUCACAACUAGUCUGACAGACUUGCGUCUUGUCAUUGAGGACCAGAAGCUUCUGUCCUUGAUUCUAGCAGGUGCAACUGCUGCAGGACAAAGUUUGCUGGGAAAAUUGGUCACAACAGUCACUGGUUUGGCAGGAGUUCUGUUGCGUGACCUCAAUAAUCCUCUACCAUCGCGUGACUAUGAUGAAGGCCCGUACCAAGUCCCUCUUGCUGUAGACGUUCCCGAAUACAAGCGAACGGGUCCCCGGGACUUUGUGCUCAAGACAGCAAAUGCGGUCAACUCAGAUGGCUCUCGCAAAUAUCAUCUUGACAUACAGUUGAACACAUUGGUGACAAAGGUCCUUUUUGAUACCACUGGAAGAAAGCCUCGGGCUACAGGAGUUAUGUACCUUCGCGGCCAAAGUCUUUAUCGCGCGGACCCUCGGGCCUCCCAAACAUCAUCGUCUUCCGGCACACCAGGUAGCGUGAACGCAGCUCGUGAGGUCAUUCUGUCGGCAGGCUCUUUCAAUACCCCGCAACUGCUCAAGCUUAGUGGGAUUGGGCCACGAGAAGAACUGUCUCAAUUCGGAAUUCAAACCUUGGUUGAUUUGUCUGGAGUGGGAUCCAAUCUUCAGGAUCGGUAUGAGACAGGUCUCGUUGGCAAGUCGCCCACCGACUUUGUCCUCACCUCAAAGUGCACCUUUCUAUACUCCCUUCCAGACCCAUGUCUGGAUCAAUGGGAGAAUGACCCCCUAUUCAAAGGCACAUAUACUACCAAUGGUAUCGCCAUCGCCAUCAUUCGCAAGUCUUCUGUUGCCGAGGACGAGCCUGAUCUUCUGAUCUCGGGAGCGCCUGCCAACUUUCCCGGUUAUUACCCGAACUACUCUUAUGAGGGUCUCAAGGACGCUCAGCAUUGGACUUGGAUCACUCUGAAGUCUCGUAGCCGCAAUAAUGCUGGCACAGUUAAACUUCGAUCCACCGAUCCUCGAGAUAUGCCUGUCAUCAACUUCAAUUCCUUCGACUCGGGCGUCACUACGAAUAAUGCCGACGAGAAGGACUUGCAGGCUAUUUACGAGGCCAUGGAAUUUUCCCGCACUAUCUUUGAGGACCUCGUCCCUCUUGAUGGGGCCUUUAAAGAAGUCUGGCCAGGGCCCAAUGUGACCACCGAGUCAGAAAUGAAGGAUUUCAUCAAAAGGGAGGCCUGGGGACACCAUGCAUGCUGCACCGCUCCCAUUGGAGAAGAUGGCGAUCCACAAGCUGUUCUGGAUUCCGACUUCCGUGUUCGUGGCGUUGACGGCCUUCGUGUUGUCGACGCCUCAGUCUUUCCUAAGAUCCCUGGUUAUUACAUUGCCCUACCGAUUUAUAUGAUCAGUGAAAAGGCCGCAGAGGUCAUCAUUGCUGAUGCAAAAUAA